AUGUCUCAGAAGUCUAACGAAGAAAACGUGUCAAAGGAUGGCUCUCAAAGCGCCGAAGAAGGCGAGAUACCCAUUCUACUCCCCUUUCGAUAUAAUCCCGAGGCAGAAGGAAGAUUUGAGAGAAGCCCAACAAGCGAUGUCGCCCCUUCUUCGCCCGCUGCGAGCCAUCAGUCGCGGUUCUCCUUUGGUCGGAGAGCACGAGGUAUGGUAGACUCUUUGCUGCCAGAGCCCCUGAAACCUCGCAAUGUCGCCCAGAAACGAGCUGUCAAAUUGAACCAAUUGCCAGCGAACCUUGCAAGCGAGAGCUCUGCUGCAAUAUACAACGAGGAACUCCAUCAGCCACGGCCUUCAUCAUCCGUCUACGAAGAUGACAUAUGGCCUGACUUGACCACAAGCAGUGGAAGUACCUGGCUUUACGAGGGCAGUUCUGCUGGAAAUCUCAAGAGUGGCCGCAGAGAGCUCCGUGAACAUUACCCUGGAAUUUCCGAUAAUUCGAAGCUGUCAAAGGAUGACACCACCGGUAAUAAGCAGACGCACAUUUUAUCUGAUCAUGGCUACUCUUCUCGCUACCGGUCUCGCUUUGAUAAGAAGCUGCCUAGUCUCCCCCCUUUGGAUAGCGAGGAAUUGCAGAACGAGAAGACAGGCCAAUCCCCUCAGCAUACUCUAGGUAGCUUCCAAUCUCCAACAGAGAGACGCGACAUGUAUUCUCAACUGGCUGCCCUCCGGGUGCCAAUCAGACGUCGAAAUGAACCUGUCUUGCCUGUAGCCGCCAAAACUAAUGAUGAAAAGGCCCCGCUGCUGCAGAAGACAAGCCUACCUGGCGCUACCGAUGUGACUGGCCAUGUACCAUUCGACCCUAUCGAUCCUUAUCAUCGCAGUGGAUUGCCUAAAAAGAAAGUAUUGUAUGGCCCCGAUGGAUACCUUGGCCAAAAGCAGGACUGGAAACAGUCCAACUUGCAGAAAAUGACUGAAAAGGUCGAAUCGCUGAGCAACCGCGUUAAACGAGGCAUUCAACGAUCGAUAGAGCCUGAUCGGGACGACAACAGAAUGGAAUUGCUCCAUGGAAUCGUCAUGAAGCCCAGCAUUUCAAUCAACGUCGAUCCAGAAGCGCAGUCUGAGAUAUACUCCAAACUAGAGUUAUUCUUGUGUACUAGUGCCAAUGCAUAUCUGCUUACACAGAUGCACAACAAUAGGUUUGAGGGGAACGAUUCCGUCAAGCGGUUUGUAGCUUUUUGGAACUCGAAGAAUCGACCCUUGGUCCCAGAAUUUCAAUUCGAUAUGAAGACCCAGCGCGACAUUAUCAAACACAACGUCAAUAAUUUUGGCUUCCCCGGGAAAUUCGGGCUCGACCCUGUGCUUCUGAAAGCGACGCUAGACGGCUGGGGGUCGGUCAUCAAUCAGUUGAAUGUGCGGACAUAUUGCUGGCCGGAUAGCGCCAUUCGAAAGCUAUUCCAUGACGUCUACCCCGUUCUUGAGAUGCUCGGGGCCUCCAAGGAAGUUCUGAACACAUUCCUUGACAUGAAGCAUUUGGUUGUGGGACUCAUCCAUCAGGCCAAAUACAAAAAGAAGAUGGAGGAACUGCAGCGCGCUUCUAGCGUCCGAGAAUCAUUAUAA